GUCGUGUCACUCCGCGCGUCGGUAUAGUUCCCGAGUACCACAGAAUCUUGCUAAUCGCCACCAAAGUUCUAAGAUACGUGAUUAGUUUUUAUCGUUAUACCUCGAUAAUUAGUGUCGUUGCGAGUUAUUUCGAACUGAUCUGUACUGGUGCUCGUUUUUGGGCGUUUGAAAUCGGACACCGCUUUAACGUCCUCGUUUUUCGCGGAGGGAUACAGUGUUGGAUGACAAUGUGGAGGAGGCUAAAAUGUCUACUAGGAAGAUGAGACGGUUAGCACUGCAGCGACCAUAAGAAACCCGUAAUCUACAAUUUAGAGAGUCGGUGCUUGAGUAGGUCAAACGUUUUAACUCCGAGUAGCUCGGAUUCAACACCUGGGAGGGUAAAAUUCAGUUAUUUUGGCGAUUUGCGGCGCCUGAAACACGGGAAGGGGGAUUUUGUCCCCCCAACUUUGUUUUCUCUCGCUCUCUCUCUCUCUCUCUCUCUCUCUCUCUCUCUCCCGAAAGCACUCCGUUUGGAUGCCGAACACUUGAGACGACAAAAGGCCUGUGUGUGUGUACUGAAAAAGAAUGAGUGAUACUGGAAUCAGAAUGAGUACUGCAGGAACUGACAAGGAGCUCAGUGACCUUCUGGAUUUUAGCGCUAUGUUUCCUCUUCCGGGGAUGAACGGGAAAAACAGACCCAACGCUCAAACAGGCAGUCAGUUUUCAGGUCCAGGUAUGGAAGAUCGGAGCGGAUCAGGCUCCUGGGGCUCAGCAGAGCAGAACAGUCCAUCCUUCAGUUCACGGGCAUUUGACAAUGUGAGCCACUACAAUGAGCAUGAAAGUAUGUCCCCUUCAUCGAUGUACAGCUCAGGAAUUGGAGGCAAAUCAGACAGAGCACCUUAUUCCUUUGGCGCACAGUUCCUGCAAGGAGAGAUGUCCAUGUCCAGUCCCGAUGGCUUAUCCCCCUCUGGCGUAAAAGCCACAUCGCCAUUCUAUGGAUCUUACCCAGCCAAUCGUAGGAGGCCUAUGGAUGGAGUGCUCGGUGAGAUGGCUAAUACCCCACCGAAGAAGAUCAGGAAAGUACCAGCUGGUCUCCCAACUUCGGUUUAUCCAACAGCUCCCAGUGAUGAUUUCAACCAGGAAAACGCAGGUUUCCCAGCUUCAAAGACCGGCAGCGUUUACCCUGGCACCUACUACAUGGAAGACGGUCUGCAGGUCCCCUGGACUCAGUCGGGUUUUUCCUCCAUACCCCACCUUUCCCAGUCGGCUCCGUUUGCCGCCAUCAACCCUCAGGAUCGCCUGAAGAGGCAGCCUUUGCCCCUGUCCCCUCCAUCUUAUCCUCACCAUGGCAGCGAAGUGAACAGUGGCUUCCAGUCUGCAUACACCCCUCCUAUCAAUGGAACAGACGGGAUCAUGGGCAAUAGUGCACCAGGAAGCUCAGGGGAUGAAAUUGGAAAAGCCCUUGCUUCAAUUUACCCUUCGGACAACAAUGGGAGCAACUUCUCCUCCACUCCACCUACCCCAGUGGGGUCUCCUCCAAACAUGGCAGUCUCUGCUUCUCAGUGGCCCAGAGGAUCAACUCAGUCUGCACAGUCACCCAGUUUUGAGGGAGGACUGCAAGCACUGCAGAACAAGACUGAGGACUGCCUGGGUGAAGCCCUGCGUGUGUUACGGAACCAUGCAGUAGGUUCCGGACUGGGUGCAGAAAUGCACACCCUGCUGAGCGUCGCUGGAGGAGCUGCCGGUCUGAGUUCCCUCGCUCAGAGCUUUUCCGUGCACAGCAGAGUGCCCGGCCUGGUGCCCAGCCACCACGAGGAAUCGUCUGGUCUGACGUCCACCGGUUCACUAAUACAUGGGCAGUCGACAGCCACGCAAGCCCCUGCCAACUCGCAGCCAGAGGGCUUCUCAAGUUUGUCUGGAAGUCUGAGUCGCGUCUCCAGCACGGAUAUAAAGAGGGAGGAUAAGGAGGAUGACGAAAACUGCUCUAUCGCAGAUAAGUCCGAGGACGAGAAGAAAGACGGCAAGAUGAACAGCACACGAACAAGUCUUGACGAUGAGGACGACGAGGACUUGCCAGCGGAGAUAAAGGCGGAGCGGGAGAAAGAACGGCGCGUGGCCAAUAAUGCGCGAGAGCGUUUACGUGUACGUGACAUCAACGAAGCCUUCAAGGAGCUUGGACGCAUGUGCCAGCUCCACCUGAACAAUGAGAAACCGCAGACCAAACUGCUGAUCCUGCACCAGGCCGUUAAUGUUAUUCUCAGCCUGGAGCAGCAAGUACGAGAGCGGAACCUCAACCCAAAGGCGGCAUGUCUGAAAAGGAGAGAGGAGGAAAAGGUGACCGGCAUUGGGGGAGAUCCUCAGAUGCUGGGAGGAGGCCACCCUGGUCUAGGCAGUGAUGGGCACACUCAUAUGUAAUAUUUAUAUUCUAUUCUAAAGAGUACUUUCAGAUGUGGCCUUAUUCUCCUAUCUACCGUCUGUGUGUGAAUAUGCUCACCAUGACUGCAUCAGAAUCUUUUAAUCUUACGGACACGUAACUGUGCAAACACAUACACACACUUGCAUAAAUGUACACACAGAUGUUAUGGACCACUGGAGCAUCUUAAAGAACACUGCUGAGAGAUGGUGAAACUCUGAGCACAACGAACAAGAAUUUCUGCGCUCCUAUUUUUAAAUGUUUUUUUUUCUUUUAAUUACGGGAGCAAGGAGAUUAUGGAGGUGGGUUUCGCCAGGAUUUGAUUUCUUAUUGAAAUAUAGACAACCAUUCCCGAGACUUCAAAAUAAGGUCUUAUCUGUGUAGAUAAGAACUCCAACAAAAUACUAUCUGCUACAUCGUUAGAUGUCUGAUAAUUUGAUGAUCGGAUAUUGUGCUAGUACAUAGCACAUGUGCACACAAACACUUCGUGGGGAUUCAGGGGCUCAAAUUAGGGAACAGAAAUUUUACCCUUUGGACUUUCAUUUGUAACAACACACAUGACUGAAAGCAGACGUGAAAACGAAGAACAGCCACAGUGACAAACACCUCGGCGCUCAAGUGUUUAUUUUUUUAUUUUAUUUUUUUUGCAUUAAGGUUGAGCGUCUGAACUCAUGUACCUGUCUAACUGGAGCCUGUUCACCUCUACAGCAGUCACCACAGCCAUGGACUCAACACUUCAUUCUUGCCUACUGGACUAGCAGUUUGCAUUAAUUUUGAAAUCAGUUUUUUUUUAAAAGAGGAACGUCACAUCCUCUUGACAGUUUUUCAGUCUCCUCGUUUUUAGCAUUUCAGUACUGUGCCGUCAUGUCACGUCUUUAAUCCUGGAUCCUCCUUUCUGCUUUUUUUUUUUUUUUUUUUUUUAAAGAAGAAAAAGUAUAAGAAAACUUUGGACAUGGACACCAUGUGCGAUUACCAAUUGUCCUGAUUUGAUCUAAAGGGUAGAUGUAGUUUGUUCUUAAAAGUACAGUAAAAUCACAUUGAGGAUUUGUGAAAUCUCGUUUUUUUGGCCAGUGAUUCAGUGCUAAAAUUGUCAGGGGUAUUUGUGUAUUUUGCUGACUGAUUAGUGUCAACUGCAUCUGCUGCCAAUCCUGGGUAUCUUUUCUUGAAAAUGGAAGAAAAUGGAAAAUUUCACCAAUUACUUGAUCAUGUUGGCGCUUUUUUUUUUUUUUUUUAAUAAUUCUUUUUAAUGAAUAAAUAUGCGAAAGAACGUUGGAACGCCAGGAACAAAUGUAAUCGUUACGUAUUUCUUUUGCUUUUUUGUAUUUUAAUGUAGGGUGGAAUCUUUUUAUUAUUAUUAGUUAUAUAUAUAAUGUAUUCCCUGUCCUCAUUGCUCCAGUUGUUUCAUUGAUUUCAAUCACUGCAAUAUUGCUUCAUUUCCCCUCUCAGUGAACAUAGUAUUGUGGUUGAACCACCUUUUAUAACAUGUUUUCAUAAACGCUGACACCAAGGGUCAUUUCAGCAGCUGAAUUUAUCAGUGUUCUCCUUCAGUACAAAAUCAUCUUUGAAACCCAGAAAACAAAACUUUGUUGGUUUCUGCCUGUUGUGAUGCCCUGAGGUUUUGACAGGGGAAACGUGUAAGAGCGAUCAGGGUGGCCGCCUUCAUUCUCUGCGCUGACCAGCAGGUGGCGUCCCGGGGGACUGAUACCGUACCAGUGCCUGCACACUGCUUCAGUUCAAUUCUGAAAUCAGCUUUUAAUUGCAAUGUCAAUGUUUUGCUGGUUCUAAUGGAAUAUAUAUAUAUAUAUAUAUAUAUAUAUAUAUAUA